GGGGCCGGGUGGUGAAUGGGCUGGUGGUGCUCGCUGCUGCUGCUGAGAGGAGGAGGAGGAUGAAGAGUUGGGCUUGUUUGUCUCCCACAGUUUCUCUCCUGCUGCUCUGAUUUACCCCCUCCUAUUCCGGCCCGGGGCCUGUGUGUGUCCCUCCUGGAGGAGGAGGAGAAUCCAGUUCCUCCCCCCACCCCCUCCUCCCCACCCCCCCUUUGCCUGGGGAAGAGGAGGAAAGAAACAGCCCAGAGAGAGAGAGAGAGAGAGAGAGAGAGAGAGAGAGAGAGAGAGAGAGAGGAGAGAGAGAGUGAGUGAGAGAGAGAGAGAGAGGAGAGGAGGAGGAGGAGGAGGGAGAAGGGAACAACCUACCAUCUUAACACACUAAUAUCUAAAAAGUGCGAGAGGCCCAGAGCAGCAGCAGAAGCAGCAGCAGCAGCUCCAGCUUCUUCCCUCCCUCCCCAUGAAGAAGAGUUCCCUCCUCCUCCUCCUCCUGCUUCUCCUGCUCAGAGUUCCUGCCUCCAGCUGCCAGGGGGGACAGCCAGCCAGCAGCAGGAGGGGAGCAAGAGAGCUGAAGGAGGGCCAGUUUCCCCCAAAUUGCUGCAGUGAGAAGAGGAGUUUGUUAUUUUAAACGGAGGCUGAAGAAACUAUAGAAUUAGCAGACAUAAGAGAAAGUGGAGAAGGUAGAGGAUGGAGUUGCAGACUCUACAGGAAGCUCUUAAAGUGGAAAUUCAGGUUCACCAGAAACUGGUUGCUCAAAUGAAGCAGGAUCCACAGAAUGCUGAUUUAAAGAAACAGCUUCAUGAACUCCAAGCCAAAAUCACAGCUUUGAGUGAGAAACAGAAAAGAGUCGUUGAACAGCUACGGAAGAACCUGAUAGUAAAGCAAGAACAACCAGACAAGUUCCAAAUACAGCCAUUGCCACAAUCUGAAAACAAACUACAGACAGCACAGCAGCAACCACUACAGCAGCUGCAGCCACAACAGCAGUACCACCACCACCACGCCCAGUCGGCUGCACCCUCGCCCAGUCUGACCGCUUCACAGAAGACUGUAACUACAGCUUCUAUGAUUACCACAAAGACACUACCUCUCGUCUUGAAAGCAGCAACUGCGACCAUGCCUGCCUCUGUUGUGGGCCAGAGACCUACCAUUGCUAUGGUGACCGCCAUCAACAGUCAGAAGGCUGUGCUCGGCACUGAUGUGCAGAACACACCAGUCAACCUCCAGACGUCUAGUAAGGUCACUGGGCCUGGGGCAGAGGCUGUCCAAAUUGUGGCAAAAAACACAGUCACUCUGCAGGUUCAGGCAACACCUCCUCAACCCAUCAAAGUACCACAAUUUAUCCCUCCUCCUAGACUCACUCCACGUCCAAACUUUCUUCCACAGGUUCGACCCAAGCCUGUGGCCCAGAAUAACAUUCCUAUUGCCCCAGCACCUCCUCCCAUGCUUGCAGCUCCUCAACUCAUCCAGAGGCCCGUCAUGCUGACCAAGUUCACCCCCACAACCCUCCCUACCUCCCAGAAUUCCAUCCACCCCGUCCGUGUCGUCAAUGGGCAGACUGCAACUAUAGCCAAAACGUUCCCCAUGGCCCAGCUCACCAGCAUCGUGAUAGCCACUCCAGGGACCAGACUCGCUGGACCUCAAACUGUACAGCUUAGCAAGCCAAGCCUUGAAAAACAGAUGAUUAAAUCCCACACAGACACAGAUGAGAAACAAACCGAGAACCGUACCGUCACUCCGCCUGCUGCACCCAAACCAAAACGGGAGGAGAACCCUCAGAAACUUGCCUUCAUGGUGUCUCUAGGGUUGGUAACACAUGACCAUCUAGAAGAAAUCCAAAGCAAGAGGCAAGAGCGAAAAAGAAGAACAACAGCAAAUCCUGUAUACAGUGGAGCGGUCUUUGAGCCAGAGCGCAAGAAGAGUGCAGUCACGUACCUGAACAGUACAAUGCAUCCUGGGACCCGGAAGCGAGGUCGUCCUCCAAAAUACAAUGCAGUGCUGGGGUUUGGAGCCCUUACCCCAACAUCCCCCCCAUCCAGUCAUCCUGACUCCCCUGAAAAUGAAAAGACAGAGACCACAUUCACUUUCCCUGCACCUGUUCAGCCUGUGUCCCUGCCCAGCCCCACCUCCACAGACGGUGAUAUCCAUGAGGAUUUUUGCAGCGUUUGUAGAAAAAGUGGUCAGUUGCUGAUGUGUGACACGUGUUCCCGUGUGUAUCAUCUGGACUGCUUAGACCCUCCUCUGAAAACAAUUCCCAAGGGCAUGUGGAUCUGUCCCAGGUGUCAGGACCAGAUGCUGAAGAAGGAAGAAGCAAUUCCAUGGCCUGGAACUUUAGCGAUUGUUCAUUCCUAUAUUGCCUACAAAGCAGCAAAAGAAGAAGAGAAACAGAAGUUACUUAAAUGGAGUUCAGAUUUAAAACAAGAAAGAGAACAACUAGAGCAGAAGGUGAAACAGCUCAGCAAUUCUAUAAGUAAAUGCAUGGAGAUGAAGAACACCAUCCUGGCCCGGCAGAAGGAGAUGCACAGCUCCCUGGAGAAGGUGAAACAGCUGAUCCGCCUCAUCCACGGCAUUGACCUCUCCAAACCUGUAGACUCUGAGGCCACUGUGGGGGCCAUGUCCAAUGGCCCGGACUGCACCCCCCCUGCCAACGCCACCACCUCCACACCGGCCCCCUCCCCCUCCUCUCAGAGCUGCACAGCGAACUGUAACCAGGGGGAAGAGACUAAAUAACAGAGCCCUGCUAGGAGAAGCCACGGGAUCCCGGCGGCAAGGAGAGCAAAACACUGAAGACUCUAGAAAAGCAAAGCCGGAUUUCUUCUGGAAAGUACAGAAUUCUUUUGGUUCUUUGGUUCCAGAGAGAGAGAAGAUGCUUGUGCCAGGUGGCACCAGAGUUUGCCAAUUGAUCCUUCUUAUUCUGUGUGUACAUGCAAAGAUUGGACCAUGUUACAUGAAAUAGUGCCAGCUGGAGGUUCUUUGCCAGCACCAUGCCAAGUGAAAUAAUAUAUUUACUCUCUCUAUUAUACACCAGUGUGUGCCUGCAGCAGCCUCCACAGCCACGAUGGGUUUGUUUUUGUUUUGUUGGGUGGGAGCAGGGACGGGUGGAGGGAGGAGAGCAGGUUUCAGAUCCUUAUUUGCCGAGCCGUUUGUAUAGGUAGAGAAGACAAGUCCAAAGAGUGUGUGGGCUUUCCUGUUUCUCAACUUUCACUACUAUAAAACCAAAAAAGGAAAUCGAGAUUUAACCAACCCCAGUGCCCAGAGGAGGGAUGGGGAGGGAAUGGGGGGGAGCCGGGUGGGGGGAAAGUAUAUCAAACAAGCAGUAUUUCUUAUUGUCUGGGGUGGGACACUGUGCACGGAGAGGUGGACACCAAGGACAGCCAUCAGGUCCUUCUCCCGAGCACUCCGCGCCCCCGCGUGGGCGCCCCACCACUCCCACACUUCCUUCCCUGCUUUGGCAAAUUGGUGCGUGUCCCCGAUGGUCCGGUUCCUUCCCUCUCCGAGAACAAGCAGAGCCGAGCUCAGCCCGGCCCUUGCCCAGGGCAGGGAAGAAGGGUGUGUGUGUGUCGAGGAAGGAAACAAGGUGGAUCAGUGAUUUUACUUGAAAACAAGCUCCAUCCCUUUUCUAUAUUUAUAAAAAGAGAAGAUCCUGAGCGAAGCAGCACGCGACCCAGGUGUGUGUGAAUUGAAUGGAGACAUUUCUUUUUUCCUUUUUUUUAAUUUUUGUUUUUGUUCUUUUUUUCUUUCAAAAAAGUUUUAUUUUGUUGUUUAUUUUACUUUUUUGGUAACAAAAACUAAAAUAAGGAAUAGAAAAGCUGUUUUUCAGGCUGACAGUCCAAUUAAGGGUAGUCGAGACCUUGCAUGGUAGAAUAGGAAUCAUAGUGUCAGUGAGGUCCAGUGAGUCUGUGUGAGUCCUUGUGUCAUCGUUCGGGGCACUGUUUUUUUAUGCAAGGGCAAAAAAAUCUUUGUAUCUGGGGAAAAAAAACAACAGCAACUUUUUUUUAAAUUAAAAAGGAAAAUAAAAGAUAUUGAGGUCUUCCUAGUGUUACUUAAAUUAAGAUCAAGGUAAGAAACAUUGUAAAAAAUUACAAAAGUGCUAUUUGUUUCCUAAAAACAGUGAUUUCUAUUAAAAAGGUGUCAGAACUGGAGAAAA